GUGUUAAAAUUAUAUGCACCGUUUCAUUUGGCUCAAUCCAGAAAACGUAGAAAAACAAGAAACGUCAUAAAAAGUUUUGUGCACGAUGAGGAACCUUAAUGGUUUUCUCCUGUGGAGUUUCAUUCUUUUAAACGGUUUUAACUAUGUUAAAGCUGCAAGUAUACUGGGAGGGCAAGAAGAUACACAGUCAAAUUGGCAGGCAUUACCAGGUGUAGAAACUCCGGAAACAAAUGUGAUGCAACCAGUAAAUGUUCCUGCUCAAGGUGCAGGUGUUCAAAAUGAGUACCCUAGUAAUGUUGAAAGAAGACCUAUAAUAGAUAAUGAUGGGUUGGACCCAAGUAUUCCAAAGUCUGAUCCGGAUCCUCAGAAUCUCAACACACAACAAACUAUAAAUACUAACAUCCAAAAUCAACCUGCUUCAUUUGGUAAUGAAGUACAGCCAGAAAAUGUUGUUCAGGCAGUAGAUAACCCAGUUCAAACAGAUAACAGUGACAGGGAAUCAAGUCAGAAUUUUGCAAAUGGCAUUGGCACAAAUACAAAUGAAAUUCUUUCGACUGAAAAGCAAAACCAGGGCAAUGGUCUUCCUCCAGUAUCAGAGGCAGGUUUAGAACAAAGUGCUCUACCACUUGUCAAUAACUAUGCACCUCAACAAGAUGGGAUUCCUGUAAAUGGUGCUGCAAGUCUUACAAACUCUGAAAACUUGGGAAAUGUGAAUACAGAUUCAUCACAAACUAGUACUGGAAACACUCAAGGUUUUAUAAAUGAGGUCAAACCUGUUGUUAAUGAAGUUCCAGUAAAUGAAAAUGUUGGUCAAUCACAGAACAAUUAUGCCCCUUUUCAGAAUCCAAUAUCAGCGAAUGAAGGUCCUUCACAAGGCAAUAUUGAACAAAAGCAAGACUCAUUGUCUUCAAAUGAGGCCAAACCUUUUGUGAAUGAAGCUCCAGGAAAUGAAAAUAUUGUCCAAUCACAGAACAACAAUUAUGAACCUGUUCAGAAUCCAAUAGAUGCAAAUGUAGGCCCAUUCCAAAGCCAAGUACAAGGGUCUGUAAAUGUCGAACAGAAGCCAAUUGUUAAUGAUGUUCCAGGGGUAGGUAAUGAAGCAAUGGAGAAUAAUGUUGAAAAUUUAGGCAGUAACUUGCCUGCAACUGAAAAUAAAAUCUUUUCAAAUGGAGGUGUGCCUCAAAUUGAAGACAUACAUGCAAUGCAAGGUGAGCAGAAAGGUGAGCAGACAGACAUUGAGAAUAACCUAGAACACCAAAUAACACAAGGGAACACACAAGGGCAAGCUUCAGAAGAGACUGGAACAGACAGUGGUGAUGGCUUUUACGAAGAUACCACAUCAUCAUCAGAUGAUGAUUAUGAUUAUGAGGAUGAUGAUGAUUAUAAUUACGAUGAUGAUGAUGAUGACAUGGAUGAUGAUAACAGUGAUAUUUUUAAUACAAAAUGGUGGGAUAAUGAUGAUAAGGAUGAUUGGUUUGAUGAUGACGAGUAUAAUGAUGACAAAUUGAAUGAUGAUGAUGAAGAUGAUGAUGAAGAUGAUGAGUCUUGGGACUAUUGGGAAAAUGAGGGAAAAACACCGGGUGUUACAGCAACAACAACAACAAAAAAAUGGAAAGAUACUUCCACUGCAGAAGAAACCACUGAGGACAGUGUUGAUGCUGGGAAAGGUUUGAUGGAGAGUGUUCAUCAUUUUGACAGCAACUUUGGACCUUUUGCUGGUGCUAAAGUUUCCAACAAAAGUCGUAACUUAGGUGGGGAUGGAUUUGCGUACAGCUGGACGUUACUUGUUUCUUUGUGUCUGGUUUUGAUUUGUCUUUUCAUCUUCUGGAAUAGACAGAAGGUUGAGAAAUACAUUGUGAGUCUUCGGCAACCAUCUCCCAGCAAGCAGAACAAAGGAAUGCUGAGUAAAGAUGAAGAGAAAAACCUUCUUGAUAACGAAUACACAUAGUUCGUUGUUUUACUUUUCAUGUCACAAAAUGUCCGAACUCAUCGAUAAUCAUAAUGUAUUUUGAUGCAAUGUAUUUAUAGUUAAAAUUGUUAAAUAUUUACCAUUUUCACAGUAUUUACGCUAGUUAUUUUCACAAACAUUGUACCUUAAUUGAGGGAUUUAAAAUGGUUGUUUUUAUCAAAUUUAUUAUUUAUAAGUAGUUAUUCCAUUGUGGUUUAUUUUGAAAUGAAUUAGCACUAACAUUAUUCAAAAAUUUUAAGACAUUUUGAAAUGAUUUCCCUAAAAAUAGAAGGAAAGGUUUAAGCAAAGGAGAAAUGUUAUGUGUAGCGUUUUGUGAUCUAAGAAUUUUCAAGUGAAGAUGUUGGUCUGGUUAAAAAAUAAUGAAAUUUUACCCAUAUUUUACCAUGAAUUGCCUUAUUUAAUAAUCUGUCAAUGAAAAAUAUCUGCAUAUAUUUCUUGUUAUUGUAUCUGUUUCUCCAGUUUGAUUGAAUACUAUUGUAUCACAUUGGAAAUGAAAAAAAAGGCAGAAAUUCAUUUUACAUAUUGCAGGGUAAUUUUCACUUCUACUUAAGUAUGAAAUUGUUUAUCAUACUUUGUAUAUUUUAUGCCGUUUGAGAAAUAAAACUGAGAUUUUUUUUAUGUUAGUGAUAUACAGUAGAUGAUAUCAAAUAUAUCUCACUGAUAUGUUAAAAACAACACUGUAUUUCACUGAUUUGCAUAAAGUAUUUAAUAUGAAAUUUGAACUAUUUUUUUAUAUUCAGAAGUCCCAAAUCCCGUAGUUGGGGGAUUGUUCAACUAUGCAAUGUCUUGAUAUGUGAUAUUUUAUAUUUGGUAUGUAAAUGUAAAUUGAUCUGUGAUUUUUUUUUCGAAUUUUUGUGUCUUCCUGAUGCACAAAGGUUUUUAACAGAUCGGAUUCUGCACAUCAAUUGCAAUGUUAUACGUUCUGUGAGUUUUGUUUAUGAUUUUCCUGUGAUUUUUUUGUUGUUUUGUUAGAAAUUUUACAUCAAUUAUUGAAUACUACAUAGGAACAUGUUACUUUCAGAAUUUGACCAUUUAAUGGUUGGGAAUUACAUUUUAAUUUUACAGAAUUGUGAAAGAAAUUUUUUUUUGUCAAUUUGAUAGAUUUUUCUCAUUUUGUUUGUAUUUUUGCCAUUCUUUUGGCCGAAUUCAAAGAGAAAAUUUGUUUGUUUAACAUGUAAGAUCAAAUUGUAUUUUAGAGAAGCUGUUAUAUUUUCAUUUGUGGUUACACUACUCUACAAGAUAUUGCAUCUGGUGCCCAUUCAGUCUCAUUGAAGUAAAUUAGAUCUAUUACUGAAACAAACAAAAAGCCUCUAUAAUUGUAUGGUUGUUUUGAAUGUAAACAAUUAACCUUGUUUUACGACAUUUCCUUCUUGCCGUCUGCUUUUAUUGUUUACAAGUAUUACAAAUGUUUAUGAAGUUGUUCUGUGGAAACAUUUCCACGCAUGUGAACAAAGUUAAUGAGCUGAAAUGUUAUCAUGGUGAUAAAUAUGAUUUAAACCCAUAACCUGCUUGAACUUAGAGUGACGAGACUUUGGCACCAGUAUAGAGCCAGGCCAGCCUGCUCAUAUAUGUCGUCCGACCAGGCUCUAUACUGUUUAUAGGUCAAUUUUUGUACUUUGAUAUUGAAAUCCCUUAAAUUUUGAAUGAACUGUUCCUAAUUCAAAGUUGGGAAAACCCAUUACACAAAUUAAGCAGGUUGUUUUUGUUGGUGCUGAUUUCAUUAUGUUGUUUUAAUGUUGUUUUCAAACACCGAGGGUUUAUUAAUACAUGUAGUACUUUAUGUAUAUGGAAUAUUUUUGAAUCUCAUAUAGUUUAGAAACGCUACUUAGAAUACUCAUUUGUUACUAGUUUAUAUAUGAUUAGAUCUUUAUGUAUAUAUUUUUAGCCUUAUUCUUUUUAUUAUUGUAGCAUGGGGCUUUAAAUUUUUCUUAUUCCCAAAGGUUAUUAUACUAUUUUUAGAUAACUUUAAUAUAUGUCUCUUCUGUAAGUCUGGUUUAUUUUUUUCAUACUUAAUUUAAAUUUUUAUUUCAUCAAAACAAAAGGAUAAUUUUUAUCAGAUUAUAUCAAAAUAAGUGAUAAAAAUCGAUUAUUCUGUGUUAUUUCUAUGGAGAGAAAAAAAUUGUUAUUUCCUAUUCCAUGCAAAUUAUUUAUGUCCUAUUUCAUUUGAUUUUGAUAGAACUGUAUUUUUAUAUAGAAAAAAUAUCAAACUUGCAUAUCUUUAUUCUUUAUACAUUUAAAGUUAUCCUGUAUUUUGUUUUUUGUUACGUUCUUUCAUCCCCAAUGAUAUUUUUGCUGUCUGUUUUGAACGCUUUCAAAAGAGGGUCCCUGUGCACAGUGACAAAAUACCACAUGUUGUAUGACAUUAUUUUUAUGGUCGAAUUACAAUGCAACUCUUAGCUACAGCAGGUUAGGUGGUCUUGACCCAUGGUAUUGCUUUGAAGUUUGUAACACCUGAGGUUAGCCAAAAACAUUUUCCUGUUUCAGCACCAUAUGACCUGUCCUGUGUUAAUGUUCAGUAAAACCAACUAAACAGUAGAGAAGAGGUUUCUGCUGAAUAUGUGUUACUACAAUUAAAAUUGUUAAAUAUUUUUCUUGGUUUUCUCAUAAAAUCGAAACAAAACUUGUGCAUGUUUAUAAUAUAAAGAUCUUACACUAGCUACGGGUACAGACUCGAACAUCUAGCUUGCGGGUAACUGGUUAUGGUUUCCACUAAACAAAUACCUAAGGUUUAGAUAUUCCCAUCUGUACAGUAGCUGGUGUUUGAUUCUUUUUCUUGCAUAUUUAUCAUAUUUAAGAAAGAAAUUACUUAAACUUACAUUUUCAUUUACCACUUUUCUUACAGUAGCAUAUGAAUUUACAAUUUUAAUUAUAGGCAAAAUGACAUCCUAAGAAAAGUGGGAAUGACGUCAUUUUAAAGCAUGCAACUUGCCUUACAUAGGUGGUGUAAGACAGAUAUUUCUAGCACCAGGGUAAACAGUAGAUAAUCGUGUCUGAUAUGCUAGAAUAUAAAUGAUGUCAUUUAUCACUUGGUAUGGCCACACUGUGUAUACAAGAAUUCUACCAGAUCUAGACUGUGAUUAUAUUUUAUACUCUACAAACUGUUACAAAAUUUACGCAUUUAUUUUUUUAUGUACCUACUUUCUGUUAUAUUUUGUAGUGAUCUAUUUGUUAUUUCUUUAUAUACGAUGUAUUGUUAACUCUUCUUAAACUGUUUAUAUGAAAAUGAAAUCUUUGUGUACAAAGUAGGGAGAAAAAAACAUUUUUUAUAGAUAGUGUAUAGAUAAUUGUAAAAGACACUGAGACAAUAUUGAUAGAAUUGCUAAACUUAUGAUAUUUCUAGUGCCUAAUGGCAGAUAUUAAUUAUCAUUUUUGCCAUUGAAAAUACUUUUGAAUUUCUCGCAAACAUUUGUUUUUAAAAUUUAGCAGUCUUUCCAAAAUUCACUUUUGUUUUCUUGUUAUUUAACCACUGCACUGAUUUCAUUUUUUCUUUUUUUUUUCUCCAUCACACAAAAUAGAUAAAGUAUUAUAUUUUUCUAAUAAAUUGAUUACAAUGAAAUUUUUACCGGUGUUCAUUGUUGAUUUGUAGUAGCAAAAUAUCUGAUAUAUAGAUGUACAUUUGUAUUAUAAAAUAAAAGGUCAGUUGUUUAUACUAAUCAGAAGUUUGCUCUUGAUAAUCUUUUUUAUAAUGCAGUGAUGAUAAAAAAUUUAAGUGCAGACCUUAUUAUUGUCUUUGUCAUUUAUAUAUUUAUACAUAAAAAGAGGGAAAUUUUCAAUAAAAAAAGGAUUCAAUUUAUUUCAA